CCGCGUCAUCAGCCUUUUUGGGGGUUCUCCCUUACCCUCUUCGUCUUCGUCGUCGUCGAGAAUAGCCGAAGGGUGAGGAAAGGAAAGGACCCGAUUUUGGCGGCCAAACAGACGGCGUGAACGGAAGUAAGAGGCAGCCGUAACGCACUGCUGGUUCCGCUGCUGUCGUUCUCUCACUGUCUCUCUCUCUCAAACCCUUCCCAACUCCAAUUCUAGGGCUUCUCUCCUUUCCUCGAUUCGAUUCUUCCUCUCUUCCUUGCUGCUGUCAGAUCUCCCUCGGAUCUCCGUCGAUUGCCUUCCUCUUGAUCCGUGCUUCAUUAGGUGAGAGGAAUCAAUUAGGUCGCGAGGACAAAAAGGGGCGAUGGGAAAGAAUUGCAAAUCAGGGUCGCACCGGCUGUUCAAAGCGAAGGCGAAGAACCGGGUGGACGACCUCCAGGGGAUGUUCAAUGAUCUUCAGUCCGCCCGCAAAGAGAGCCGCAUCGCCGACAUAGCCGUCCUCGAGGAGCAGGUCCAUCAGAUGCUCCGCGAGUGGAGGGCCGAGCUCAACGAGGUCUCCCCGGCUUGCUCCUUGCAAGGGAACGUCAAGGAAUCAUCGGAUCUGUUCUCAGAGACCCUACGGCUGUUGCAACUGAGCGAGGAGGAGGAUGACGCCACGAGCAAGCCAGCUGAGCUGGCACUCAGGAGCACUCCAAAGCCUGAGGAGUUGGAUGUGUCCAAACCUGGUGUGGGGUACAUCCAAGGCAGAGAAAAUGCUGCCUUUCAAGAUGAUUAUUAUGUGAAUCAGGAAAUAUCAGGGCAUGAGUUCCCACAAGUUUACCAAUAUGAAAGCAACCUUCCUAUUGGACCACAUGAUGUUGUAUUGAAUUGCUUGGAGGGGACAACUUAUUUGGAUUAUCAGCUGUACAAUUUGCAACAGGAAAUGGCUGAUCAUCUGUAUGACAACAUUUCAGUAGAGCAUGAUGGGGCUGAUGUUUUUCCACAUAUGUCAGACUUACUGCCAACUAUAUGUCCUCCGCCAUCUGCAUUUUUAAGACCAAAGUGUGCACUUUGGGACUGUCCACGUCCUGCUCAGGGGUCAGAAUGGUGCCAAGAUUACUGUAGCAGCUUUCAUGCUAACCUAGCAGUAAGUGAAGGCCCUCCUGGUAUGACACCAGUGCUGCGUCCCGGAGGUAUUGAUCUGAAGGAUGGGCCACUUUUUGCUGCUCUUAAUGCAAGGACAGAAGGAAAAAACGUUGGUAUUCCAGUAUGUGAAGGUGCUGCAACUGCAAAGUCUCCCUGGAACGCCCCAGAGUUGUUUGAUCUUUCCGUUCUCGAAGGAGAAUCACUUAGAGAAUGGCUCUUCUUUGACAAGCCAAGGAGGGCAUUUGAGAGUGGGAAUCGGAAGCAAAGGUCAUUGCCAGAUUAUUGUGGUCGUGGUUGGCAUGAAUCCAGGAAGCAGAUUUUGAAAGAAUAUGGAGGUUUUAAAAGGUCCUAUUACAUGGAUCCGCAACCUCUGAACAACUUCGAGUGGCAUAUGUAUGAAUAUGAAAUCAACAACUGUGAUGCCUUUGCCUUGUACAGGCUAGAAUUUAAGCUUGUUGAUCCAAAGAAAGGUGCCAAAGCAAAAUUGACUAGCAAUCCACUUGCUGAUUUUCAACAGCAGAUGGUAAAGCUCAACUCGAACAAGUCCAUGGACAACAAGAAGAUUACCAAGAACAAGACAAAAGUAAAUCAGGAUACUGUUGGAAAUAGUUAUUCAACUUCAGUAGUGGCAAAUCAACAGGAAACUACAGCAAGUGUGUUUCAUGCUUCUGAGCAGGUGGAUUCGUCGAACAAGAAUUCUGCUUGUGGGCCCAGUCACCAAUAUGUUUAUUCAAUUGGGAGCUUCAAUGAUGAUUAUAUAACGUAAGUAAUGCAAUCAUGGGCAGCUGCAGAUACUGCAGCAUGAAUUUCAUAAUCAGAGACUUGUGACUCAUCUCUCUGAACUGAUUUUAUGUUAUCUAAGGGCAUUCUUUUCUGUCCUUGGUCUAAUUAUCCACAAGGUUAUGCAAUCAAAUCUGAUACUGUUAUUUGGGGUCAGCAUGCGCGGCCAUCACCUUAGAACAAGCAGCUGCAUUUUGAAGGCUAGACUUUUCCAAAUAACGAUGACAUUUGAACGGUAAUUGAUGUAGAGUGGCUUGACUGUAAUGAUUCUAAAAGAUAGCUGUGCCUGUUUACCGGUUGGCACACAUCUCAUGCCACAAUCGUACAGGUGCAGAAAAAAUUAUGGAACCUUUGUGUCUAUACUUGUAUAUAUGGAGAGUUGAAAAAACAAGGACCUCUAUUUAAGGCAAUUUAGCCAGUUCAACUACAAAUCCAUACUUGUGCCAGUCUUUCUAUCAAGGUUUUUACAAAAUAUCGAUAGUUGUGGAAUCCGCACCUGUGUUUGAUGGUGGCCAAUUAUAUUCUCUGGUUAUCUUCUGCCUUCAAAAGCUGAUGUUAUUGAUAUCCUUGUUAAUGGUGGAUGAAAGAUGUAUAUGCACUUUUUAUUUUGCGAUGAGAUUAAAUAUAUAGAAUUCAAGCA